AUGUUGUUGACAAAUAUUGUGACCGGACAAGAAGCAUUAUUAGGAAAGAAAGUAUUACCGUUGUGCCAUAGAGAAUGUAUGCCAAUAUGCAUGAAAAUGACCGAAGCAACACAAGAGAUAUGCGAAAAAGCCUGCCAAGCAGGUUGUCUCCAACUUCAAAGUCGAGGCACCGAACUUUCAGGCUCUGAUCAAGGAGUCGAUAUGGUUAUUGCGUAG